AUGGAUUCUGGUUCGGACACCAGCUGGGUACUGACCCUGCAAGCGGAUAUCAGGAAGAUGGUGAAGGAAUUUGGCUAUGAGGCCGCGACGCCGUACAUACAGGCGCUGGUCGAAGAUGCUGAGAAGAAACACGGCGUCUUAUUGCACGUUAACGCAAAUAAUAACGAUGAAACUAGACGGCGCGACCCAAAAUUUGUGCCACCCUGGAAUUUGAAGCCAAGACCAGUACCAGGCUACCGUAGCUCAAAAGACCCUCAAUAUCUGGUGCAGCUUCAUGAGGAUAUAAAAUCCUUUGUGCUUGAUAACGGUUAUGAUGAAUCCAAAGCUGCUAUCAGAAGACUUGUUCAGACCGUAGAAGAUGAAAAUAAAAUAAAGUUGUUGGUGUCAGGUGACAGCACAAUACUAUACCAAAAGGAUGAUGACGAUGAAGUUAAGAAAGUGUCAAGCAGUUCUGAUGUCGGAUUUGCCCAGUUAAUUGACUUGGUUCCAGACAAUGAUAUUGACUCAAGAAAGUAUAUAAAUAAGAACGAUUGGAAGGAUGAUCUUAAGUCGUAUGUCAAAGCAUUAGUAACGACUGUUGACACUGAUAGCCUAAUUACGAGGCUUCGACCUGUUGUCAUGAGUCUUGAAAAAGAGCAUAGAGUGAGGAUAAGCGACAUUGAUAUGGAUAAAAAAGCUUAUGUUAAACAAGAAGAACAGGAGACUAAGAAGGCAUGGUGA